AUGGUUACCAGAUAUACGGUUUUAUAUGAAGUGAGGUCAAUUGAUUGUCAGAGUGAGUGUGCGAUUUGUUCGCACUUUUUCCUGCUAAAAAUAGUUUCAGAAUUCUUAGGUGUUCAGAUAUCACACUAAAAUCGCCACUAUGUUUUAAGAUGUUUUAGUUUUCCAACAGCGUCCUAUGCCAUAAUAUGUACAACAACUUGUAGAACUCAUAUUGUGGUUAUUUGCAGAAAUAUCUUAAACAAUAUGUAAUAUGUUAAAAAGUUACUCUAUGUGAAAAUACGGAGUAUAUUUUAGAGUUGGGUGGCUUUUAAUGGAGGACGGCAAGGAAUUGGUGGACUGGGUCUAGAAUAAAGUUCUAAAGCCGUGUAAAUGAACAGUUUUUAUUUUAAGCUUGAUUAAGCACUCCUGCUCUUUUUUGUAGUAACAUAAUUAUCAUAGCGUCUCUUUUGUUUUGUGUUAUCUUUUAAAGAACUUAUCUCGUUAUCCACUAUUCUUGGCGGCCUUGAGGGCAAGUACCUCGUUAAGCUGAGUUCAUAUUUAGACCCAGUCCUUCGGAGUUCAGGUCGCAGCAGGUUUGUGAGGUGUUGGCACGGUAAGACAGAUGGUUGGGCGUCAUCAACAUUCCACAGUAACUGUGAUGGAAAGGGUCCCACUGUAACCAUCGUCCAAGUCGGUAGUUACAUAUUUGGUGGAUACACUGACAAGUCUUGGGGUGGUAUGUAUCAUUUCAGAACACAGCCUUAAUAGCGCAAAGAUGUUAGCGUUUUCAUGUGGACUGGAAAAACGAUUCAAAUUCGCUGGGUGUGGACGCACAUUUUUAUUUUAUUCUUCUUUUUUUUGGAAACACCGAGAUAAAUUUCUCUGCUUUCAAAAAUAUCCGGAUACCGUGUGGACUGGGCCUAAAACCAAAAAAGAGACACAAAAACGCCUUUUAUGUGUGAACGGAAGGCAGAAACGUAGAAAAAAAUAUUAUAUCCGGGUACGUGUGGAUAAAGCCUCCUAAGUAUUUUAAAGCAUAAGUCACAGACACCGCUAGCAUACAAGUAAGCCGCAUGGGCUGUAUUAUUUCGAAUUUUUUCUCCUGGGAUUAUUCUGUUUGUCUCUUAAAAGUUUUCUGACAAACGGUUUGAAAGUAUUGAAAUGCUUUCACACCAAGCAAUUUGUGAAAAGUUGUAAUGUCGAUGUAACAGAUUGUUAUUAAAUGGAUUUAAAUAAAAUAACUAACUAGUUGAGUAAAUGAAUACCAAAGCGAACAUGCCUGAAAUUUCAUUUUUUUUCUACAAGAGUUUACUAGUUGCUUUAUAAUGUACAGGACAGUACUUUUUGAAAACUUGACUUAUUUUAGGUGAGGACUGGUGUAUAACCUCGCUUUGUUAAUCGUUAUAGCAUAUUCUAUCAAAAAGGUUCUAAAGCGAAAAACAUUCAGCUUCGAACACAUAUUUAUAGCUGCCAUUGUCACUCUUGCUACUUAUUAAAAUGUUUUGAAUAAUUUAAAUGAAUGUUUAAAAUAUGUUUUUCCACAGGUUCUUGUCGUUCUGUCUAUUCAAGUAAAUCGUUCCUGUUCUCGCUAUAUAACAUCAAUGGCUACGCUCCUGUUAAGGUGAACAUCAAGUCAAGUCGUUACAGUAAAGCUAUUUACACAUGUUCUAGAUACGGACCAACCUUUGGUGAAGGACACGACCUGCACAUAUCGGGCAACGCUGCAAGCAAUCGCUAUCCCUACACCAACUGUGGCGGCUCCUACCCCCUCCCCCCUGGGUCCUCUGCGUCUCGUUCUUCCUGUAGAUUUUAUGCAGGUGGAUCCAGUAUGCACUUCACUCCCACUGAUGUUGAAGUGUUUUACGAGACAACAACUUAA